GAAGGAGGAGGGGGGACGCCGGAUAGAUCAAUCCGCAUAUUCGGGCGGUGCUAGUUGACAUGGCUGAGGUGAUGCAGACUCGAGAGGAGGAGAAGGUCCAAAUGGAUGAAGGCGAGAAUAAAGUGCUGACGUGUUCGGGCAAAUCUCGGCUGGUUUUUGCUUUUUAUGUUACCACCCAUGGCUUUGGGCAUGCAACACGUGUAGCCGAGGUGGUGCAACACCUUGUUCAAUCUGGGCAUGAGGUUCAUAUUGUUACGGGUGUGCCAGAGCAUGUGUUUGAAAGAGGGAUAAGCGACUUGACGAACGUCCAUAUUCGCAAGCAAGUGAUGGACUGUGGGGUAGUACAAGCCGAUGCUCUUACAGUUGAUCCUAUUGCCUCUCUCGAACUGUACUGGAAAACUGCAAUGGUACGUCGUAGUAUCAUCUUGGAGACCGAAUCAGCAUGGCUUCGUCUGGUUGGAGCGUCGCUUGUGGUCUCAGACGUUGUCCCGAUUGCAUGUGCUGCUGCAAGCAAAGCUGGUAUUCCUGCAGUUUGUGUCAGCAAUUUCAGUUGGGACUUUAUCUAUUCUGGGUGUCUUGUGGGAAGCAAUAUCCAGCAUCAAGGCAUCGUCUGGCAGAUUGUAGAAGACUAUUCGAAAGCACUUUUUCUCCUUCGGCUUCCAGGUUAUUGCCCAACCCCCUCAUUCCAGGAUUUAAUCGAUGUGCCUUUGGUAGUUCGACCCAAAAAGAAAAGCAGAUCAGAGGUACGCCAGAAGCUGGGAGUUUCCGAGGAAACAAAACUUUUGAUGCUGAGUUUUGGUGGCCAGGAUUUCUCCUGGUCUGUCAAGGCAGAAUUCCUUCCCCCAGGCUGGAAGUGCUUCGUUGGUGGAAAAGGGUGCCUAGCUGAACUUCCGUCAAAUUUCGUGCAACUGGAGCAGAAUAUAUACACUCCAGAUAUUAUAGGUGCUUCGGAUUGUGUCCUUGGGAAGAUUGGUUAUGGGACAGUAAGCGAGUGCCUGGCCUGUCGUGUUCCUCUCAUUUUUGUUCAACGAAAUAACUUCAACGAGGAACCCUUCCUUCAGAAGCUGCUGGAGGACUUCAACUGUGGGUUGAAGAUGCAUAAUGGGGACUUCUGUUGUGGAAAGUGGGGACCAUACUUAGAGCAAGCUUAUGGCAUGAGACCGGACUACUGUGAAAGCUUGAAAGGUGGGGAGGUUGUUGCCAGCAUUUUGGAAGAUGCAGCAACGGGAAACAUUGUAGGUCGCAAAAAGCGAACUGCUGUUGAGAGGUUGAGAGAUGCCAUAGCAUUUGGAUAUUACAUGCCUCGCAUGCCGGAAGGAACAGAUUCGAACGGAACCAGCUGGUGGUACUUGGAGCAGCAGCCGUCCUUUGAAAGCUAUUGGUCUCCACUGAGUGCUUCCAAUACCUUGCUGAAUGCAUCAUCUGAUGAUGUUCUCCACAAUGCUCAUGCCCAGUCGCCAGAGAUCAAAAUGCUUGGCACUACUGCAGGGUUUCAAAUCUUGAGGGGAAGUACACACAACUUGGAUGACACAGAUGCAUUUCUGCGGUUGCUUUCACGAAUGGAUGUUGAUGCCAACUUCUGUGCGUGCGGUGCAACCAGUGAACAAGAAGCGCAAGAGUGGCAGGCUGCAUGCCAACUGUUCAGAUGGGAGGAUGAUGUUUUUGUGACCAGGGCUCCUGGGAGGUUGGAUGUCAUGGGUGGGAUUGCAGACUACUCAGGCAGCAUGGUACUUCAGCUCCCUAUCAAGGAGGCUUGCCAUGUGGCAGUGCAGAGACAUUCUUUGGCAAAACAACCUCAGCUUUGGAAGCAUGCAGAAAAGGAACACAAGUUGAUGGGCUUGAGACCAUUCCUUCAGAUUGUAUCAUUUGGUUCACAGAAAUCGAACCGCUCUGCUACAUUUUGCAUGGACUUGACUGACUUCCUGGAUGACAACGAUGAGCCGAUUGAAUAUGCUGCUGCGCAGAAGUACUUCGACCAGGAUCCCGCACACAAGUGGGCAGGAUAUGUGGCAGGUGCUUUCCUUGUGUUGCUGCGAGAGAUGGGCAUUAGGUUUCACGGCGGAGUGAGCAUAUUGGUUUCUUCUGAUGUCCCUGAAGGCAAAGGCGUGUCUUCAUCUGCUGCCAUUGAAGUCGCCACCAUGACUGCUGUCGCUGCGGCACAUGGUAUUCUUAUUCCUCCUCGGACAUUAGCAUUGCUUUGCCAAAAGGUUGAGAAUCUUGUGGUGGGGGCUCCUUGUGGAGUGAUGGAUCAGAUGGCAUCCGCGUGCGGAGAGUGUGGGAAGCUGUUGGCAAUGAUUUGUCAGCCUGCAGAAGUUUUGGACCAUGUGGAGAUACCUGGUCACAUUCGCUUUUGGGGAAUCGACUCCGGUGUUAGACACAGUGUUGGCGGAGCAGAUUAUGGAACUGUUCGAGCAGCAGCAUUUAUGGGCCGGCAAAUUAUCGCCAAUGCUGCCCGCCAAAUUGCACUAUCACUGGAGAAGGAAGGUGAAGUGCCGAAAGCUCACCGUGACUGCUUACAUUCUUUCGGCGAUGACCACCAUACCAACCCUGUAUUGCCCGCACAUGCACUUCCUGACGAUGGCAUUCUUUCCAGCUUGAAGCUAAGAACCGCUUCAGCUGCUGCCGCUAGCUCCACUGCUGCUGAUAAGGACCUUACUUAUCUCUGCCGAGUCCCACCUCAUCGGUUUAAUGCAGUGUAUGCUGCCAUUCUUCCAGUUGAAAUUGAUGGACAGACAUUCAUUUCCAAAUAUGGAAGUCAUGGUGACCCUGUAACUGUAAUUGACCCAGACACAAAGCACCCUGUCCGAGCUGCAACAGCGCACCCUGUGUAUGAAAACUUCCGUGUUCAAAGCUUUGCGGAAUUACUCACAGCCAAACGGAGCGAGCGGCAGCUAUCAGCCUUGGGAGAGCUUAUGUUUCAGUCUCAUUGCAGCUAUUCCCUCUGCGGUCUGGGAUCACAAGGAACUGAUCAGAUAGUGGCUAUGGUGGAAGCCAUGACGAUGCGAGCAAAUAGCAGCCGGGAUAAGAGGCCCUCUCUGUUUGGUGCAAAGAUUACUGGUGGAGGAAGCGGUGGCACAGUUUGUGUGCUGGGAACAGAAAGCAGUCAGGCUGACAAAGAAAUCAGAGAGGUGCAACAGCAUUACAGAAACAUAACUGGGCACUUGCCAUACAUUUUCGAAGGAUCAUCCCCAGGAGCAGCGCAGUUUGGUUAUCUACAAAUCAAGCGGCAGUCGUGCAUCAGCUGUUAAUUUGUGACAGAUGUCUCAUUAUCCCUUUUCUAAGGAAACAGACAUCCAUCUCUUGGCUAGCCCUAGAAAGAUGUGAAGUGCUCUAUGAGUUGGUGGUGGCAUCGUAGGGAGACGAGUAGUCUGGGCAAGUGCGCACCAGCGGAUGCCAUCAGCAACUCUUGUACCGGUUUAUUCCGAAAGAGCGAGCCAUUAGCAACAUUACAUUGUGAGGAUUCAGGAUCUGUGCUGCUGUUUUUUCGUCUCCUGUUUCCCCUUUUUGUUAAGGUGGUAUCACUGACAGAAUUUUAGUGUUCUUGUGUAGAUUACACAGUUGCCUUACUUAGCCGAAGCCAGGUAAUAGCCCCGGUAUCUCAAGGAUUUCUCGACAAAUUUCUCAA